UCGAAAUGGAGUAUCGGACGUGUCCGUAACAAUAAUAAUUGCCCUUUUUAGUUAAUUGUCAUGCUAUCAGCAAUUUAACAGCUGUUUCAAACACCGCUUUUGAUUAUGUCCGUUUUGUGUAAAGCUUUCCGUUCAAAAUCGCUGCCGAAAUAUGGAAGAGGAGCUUAACGAAAAUGAGCUGGAGGAACGAUUUUAUUCCAUGCUGCAUUAUGUAGAUGAGACACCAGAGAAUAUUGUACCGACUCAGGAUGCUUCUAAGAUCAUUGAGAGCGCACCGCGCACCACUCUGCGUCGGUAUUGGCGCACGAGCGGUGACCGCGACACUACCGCUCACUACAAAGAAAACAAUCCGUAUCAGAAGGUAAACACCACGAGAGAAACUCCACUCAACAAAAAUAACACAGACAAACCAAAAACUAAGGACGAGAAGAAACAAUUAUCUUCUGAUGCUCUCCCUCAACAUUUGGCUAUAUUUCAAUCUCCAAUACCACAAAACAUUAAGAAAACCAUUGAGAUCAUAGAGAAUGAUGAUAGUGGACACAUUGUGGAGCUGGAAUCAAGUGAUGAGGAUGAAGUCAUUGAAGUGGCUCUACCACCAAAGCCAACCAUCACUAUUGAAAGUUCAGAUGAAGAGUCCCCAAUUCGGACUGAUACAACAACCAAGGGCAAAAUGAAGCUGUCAGGUCAGGAAAGAACCACUAAUAAUUAUGAAAGAGAAGUAUCAGCUAGUCCCGUUCCAUCAGUUGUAUCGUCAGUGUCCGAUGAAUUUAUUCGAAGUGAUUGCAUUGCUCUGAACAUCUCUUCCAAGCGGCCAGACAACCACAGCUUUGACUUCAGCCUCCAUGGAGCCGAAUUUCUGAACCAGGGCACUCCUUCUAAGAAAAAGAAAAAAAAGAAAAAUAGGGAGAGUGCAACGUCAACGUCUAUUGUUGCUGAGAAUACAUCCAUACCCCCAAAUACAGAGGAAUGUUUUGCAACACCAAAGAGUAAAACAAAGAAUAAAAAGCAAAAAAAUAGAUCAUAUGCUGCAAUGGACAAAAGUAUUCCGACUGCUGAUCUGUAUGAUUCAGACAGCAACCAAUCAAUUAUUGAUAAAGACCAGAAAUCAUACACUGUCACUGAGAAAAGUCUACCUAAUGCAGAUGUCUAUGAAUCAGACUCAUCGGAGACAGUUCGCAUCCCUUCUCACAUUGCUACAGCAAAUGACAAACAGAAAAACAGGCUCGCUGAUAGCAACACAUCUUUGGAUAAACAACAGACACCGAAUUUGAAACGUAAAAAUUCAACUCAUGAAAUUCCAGAGACUGUGGUAACAAUAGUUGAUUUGACAGACCAAACACCUGGAGACAAUAUUCUUGAAAGCAUUGUUAUGGGGAAUGUCACCGGUUUUAAGGAGUCUGAAGAUUAUGGAGAUGAACCUUUACAGAACCCCACUGAAGCACUUGAUGUUACAAAGUAUGGCUCUACAAAAAUCCCAGCAAUUCUGUAUGAAGAUCUUGACUUUGACAAUUUGAAAGGCAAAGAUAAAGUGUGCAAAAAUCGCCGGUACUCUCUUACAACACUUCGGGCCGAGAUGGAAAAGUUUUACAAUGAAAGCUGGGGCGGAGAGAACUUCAAUCAUCGAGAAAUACAAAAGAACAUGUCAAGAGAUAAAAGCUUAUGGGCGAUUGAUCCAAAGGAUAGAAUGCCUGCUCUUUGCAGAAAGAAAACAAGCGUGAUCUGCAACUACUGCAACCGACCCGGCCACCGCGACGACACCUGCCGACAAAAGCCGCCCGUCUGCUACAUGUGCGGCAAUACAGGACAUAUAGAGCCGAGAUGUCCUAGCAAGAUUUGUUGCAAUUGUGGCUCUCCAAACUACAUGUAUUCGACUAUUUGCCGCAACUGCUCCAGCUGGAAUCGUCUAACUUGUGCCGAGUGCGGCCAGAAUGGGCAUCCCAGCAGCCACUGUCCAGAUGUGUGGCGUCGCUACCACAAUACGAUCGAUUCGUCCUCCCAAUUAGAAGAGAACCAUUAUUUGAAGAAACAUUACCAAUUGUUCUGCAGUGGUUGCACCCGUCGAGGCCACCUCGUGCACACUUGCCGCAUCUCUCUGCCCUUCUCUGGCUUUCCCAUCAAUUCCCCUUACGUGCGUCAGUACCGACCAGCAUACGGUCCACUCACGAACCCUGACGUUUUCCAUAAUCAAAAGAACAGACAGUACACCAAGACUUUCCAGCAAGACUCGAACAUCUCUUCAGACAUGCUAUCAAACAAAAAUGAUCGCAACAAACGACAGUCUAAAUCGCCAACUCUUCACGAGAGUCACAUUAACAAGAGAAAAAUGGCCUUGUCUGGUACACCCGAAGUGCAAAGAAACACAAAAAGCCCUCUAAGCACUGCUCAUCAAAGGAAAAAUUCUCCAAGUAAAGAUCUUCAUGACAAUGGAGAUAAGAUUAAAGAUACUGAAAUUAUUACGAGCUCUGAAGUCUCAGAAAACAAAGGUGCUGAAGUGGAGAGCGCACCUGAUUUCAUUCCAAUCGGUUCUUCGAAUCACGACGAAAAAGGACACAUGAUUCAAGACAAUGAAGUUUCCGACACAAGCGAUGUUGUAACUUCAGCAAGAGUCUACUUUACCAACGAUAUAGCUGACAAGCUGAAAUCGAAGGUUGGUGAACAAUGGUUAAAAGAAACCAUUGCAAAAUGCAAUAUUACUUUACAGAACACUGAUAUUGAUUCUUUCCUGACUAUAAAAGGCAAAGUUGCAGAUCAAGAAGCUUUUCAGACCGCGAUCAGAGAAUGGAACAAACCAAAUUUGGAAAACGCAGAAACGGAGAAUUCAUCUCCACAGCUAUCAGAAAAUGGGGUAUUAAGCAAUAAUAUACCCAAAAACAGAAAUAAUGUCUUGCGCAAGCUCAGCAAGGCUUUGGAAUCGUUAAAAAAAGACUUAGGAGACCCAGAACAGAUGUACAAAGAAUUAAACUAUCUACAAAACCGCCAUGUAGAACUUACGAAACAGAAAUUUAUAAACCCUAAACAGCUAAGCAACAAUAGGGACAACAUAAAUGAAAUGUUAAAGAAACUUAACAUGAUCCUUCUUGGACAAGCGGGUCUUGCUGACGGAUCAAAGCAUUUGAACGAGCUAUUCGCUUUACAAGAUAAACUGAUAAAAUAUAGACAAAAGAAUAUAACGACCGAGCUUCGUGAAGAGAUCGGUGAACAUUACCAUUCUAUUUUCACAGCCAAGCCGCGAAACGAUUAUGGAGACUUAUUGAAAAAAUAUCAAGUAGCCAGGACACCUCAACCUGUGUUUAAACAAAAGAAAAAAGAUAAAGGUUUUUUUAUUAAUCUUAAGAAAAUGAAAAAAUUUCGAGGAGUAACUCCCCAACAAAUGAAAAGUCCCCCAAAGGCGACAACGGAGCCACCUAAAAACGAGGUCGCUACCGCUACUGAGAACAAGAAUCCUCAAGCUAGAGGAUUUCUUGUUGAGAAUACUAAGAAAAAGCUGGUUUUCUACCGCAGGAGGCUAAUGAAUGCUCGUCCAAACGACAGCGUGCUGAAGAAGACGCGGGUUGAUUUGGUCAGAAAAUUGCAUUCUUACAUCGCGUCGCUGCAUAGGAAAGCGAACACAUCUUCGAAGGCUUUGAAGAAGAUGAAAAAAGUUCAAAAACAAGCCCAAGUGUUCUUGAACAACAUAUAGGAUAAGUGAUUGCAUUCUGGCGCAUAUGAAAGAAAUAUUACGGAAUCGCUGGUAUGCGCCACGCAGAGCCGGUAGGGCAUGUAUAUGAUCCCC